AAGUAGUUUUACUUUAUUCGUACACAAGUUCUAAUACAAAUUAUACAUUUUGCUUCGAGUCUACGUAAUAGUGAAAGAAAAUCGAAGGAUUCGAAAGAGCAUGGAGAUGCCACACGCGGAGGGGGACAAUGACUGGUUGGAAGAUGAGCAAGAUUUCGUGGACUUCUUCUACGACAACUUUGAUGUGGUUGUCAAUGGAGACGGAGAUUCAGCCGCGGGAGACGCAGUCGAUCUCAAUCCCGAGGAUGAGCAACAGAUGAAUCGGCAAUUGGCAACCAUUCCAGAAUUGCGUCGGCGGCAAAGGAAUCACCUGCUGUCCCCUUACUUCUGUAAUGUUUGUCAGGAUUACGUUCGUGGCGGGGUUAUUACCAUUUGUGGGCAUCUGUUCUGCUGGACCUGCUUGUGGGCCGAUCUGCACAAUCGCGUGCUCUCACGUUGUCCGUGCUGCAUGCGCCGACUGCUGCUCCACGAGGACAUCAUCCCCUUUUUGGGCGAGGGACCCAAUGCUGGGCCGGACGAUGCCAAUAUCGUGGCCCAGCCUGGGGACGUGGCACGCCCCUCGGGCCUGUAUCUCGAGCAUCAGCAAUAUCCCAUAUGGUUCGCCGUGCACAACUUCGAGGAGCUGCACUUUGCCGGUGCCCACGUGGUCGAGCGAAAUCUCGCGAUGAUCGUGCAGCGAAUGUACAUCGAAUACCGCCAGUCGAUGACGUGGAUCAAGUAUCUGCAGUGGUUCCAGCUGGGCUGCGCCGUUUUCAUCUUUUACUUCUGGACGCACAUAUUGUCCCAAUCGGACUAGUAAUACGGAUAAGACGCCUCGUCCUGCAUCAAAUAGCUCAACUCGUUAAAUGGGUUCAGCUUGUAGCCGGACGAAAAUACUUCAUAAAUUCAAAUUGUUGUGCGAUUUCUAUAAGUUGCUCAAAAUAUUGUUAUCUUUUGUUAAA